GAGCGCGGGGGAGGGGCGGAGAGAGGCAGGGCCCAGCGCCGCGGUGAGCUACGUGAGAUAGCGGCGGACCGAAGGGCGUCGGAAAGUGAGGGCCUCUUCCCGCCCCCCAACCCCUCAGCAAGCAAAUGUCAGCGCGGCUGCGAGACGCGCCUGCCGCAGUAUUAAUUCGCCACCCGCUGCCACCUUGAAGCCUAUGACCGCCUCUGUUUACGCUGACCUCGAUUCGGUGGAGUCGCUCCUUGAUGAGUUGCCCUAUAUGUUUUACGUGGGAUUGUUUUUUGUGAACGUGCUGAUCCUCUACUAUGCCUUCCUGAUGGAGUACAUCCUCCUCAACGUGGGAAUUGUCUUCCUUCCCGACGACUUCGACCAGGCUCUAGUUGACCUCGGGGUCUUAUCGGAUCCGGCAUCGGUUGCCUAUGACACAGACGCCGAACUGGAUGUCUUCGAUGGCUACUUUGACUAAAAGCAAUAAUAAACCCCCCCACACAUACUCACUUAGUGAUAUCAACAUUUUUUGCUCAGCACAGAAAUGGGCAGCUACUGUGUAUCAGGUCCGAAUGACAAACCUUGGUUUGCAAGCAAAGCACUGGGCUGCUGAAGUACAGGAUAAUUGUCUGCCAGCCGUUUCUGUGGCUAUUGUGGUCUGGGUGCCCUUUCUUAAGUGUGCCAAGAUUGCAAAUAAUAAUAAUAUGGAUUACGAUGUAUUCCAGAGCAUUUAUCUGUUUAUAUUGAUGGUCACCAUUGCAAAACAGAACUGCAUCUCCAGGAUUAAUUAAACAGUAGGUAUUUGCUCAAGGAUGGAAGAAAUGAUACUUGGAGACAUCAAGCCUCAGGAGAGUCACUUUGAAUCACACAUGGAAGACAAGGCCUGAAAGGGCUUUAAAUGCCAUAUGGAUUAGAUAACCGUCAGCAAUACAUUGCAAGAGUUCUGUGCUGGAUAUCCAUUUCGUGUGCAAGGAACCAUAAUAUUUCUACGUUUUGCACAGCUGUAUCUAAACACUGAACUAAGUUGUCAUGCAUACACUCCAUGUAGCUUUAACAUUAUAUGGGUUGAAUGUUACUGAGCUUAGUGUAACACAGCAAGGAUUUACAUUAUUCAUGUUUCAGUAUGUAUUGAGACUGGAACUUAAAAGUUGGUUCAUUGACUGUUCAUUUUGAAGUAUCAAUAACUGACCCUGCUAUGUUAAUAUAAUUUACUGAAUUAAAAGUCACAUUUUUUGUUACUGCCA